GAUCUGAGAUCGGUUUCUGUCAGAGCUCAACGUUUAAGUUCUGAUCAUCGUUAUUUUAAGUACCACACAUCAGCUCUGUAUGUAGUCUGCUGACACAUCAGAGGCCUAUAACGCCAAUAAGAAUUCAUAAUAGAAAUUACAUUUUGGAAAGGAAAUCUUGUUCUACACUACUGAAUCAGACUAGAGUAAUCGCACUGAUGAACUACUUUGAGCACCCACUAUUGAGGCGUUGAAGUUGAGCACAGAGCACUCGCCUGAGCAACAUGGCGGACAAGGACCCUCUCAAGCAGUUGAAGGACCUUAACCAGCUCAAGAGUCAACUAGAGGAGAUCCAUCGACGAGUGGAGAGCGAGGUGGCCGCAGGAAUCCCACAGGGUAGCAGUGUGCUGGGCUCCCCCUUCCUGAAAGGUUUCCUGGCGGGCUACGUGGUGGCCAAACUCCGCUCCUCCGCCAUCUUGGGAGUGUUACUUGGAACAAUCACCGGCAUUUACGCUGCUCAGAACUAUCAGGUUCCCAAUAUCGAACGCACAAUCAAAGACUACUUUGACAUCAUGAAGAAAGGAUCAAAGUAGUAAGGGUUAGUCCUCCUUCUUCUGGACCUUUCUGUGGGAGCCAGGUUCAGGGGCAGCACUAGAUGGCUUCUGCUCUGGUAGAGGCUCACAGAGAAGGCCAGACCUCCUGUGUGCACUAUACUGAGGAUACUGAUUGAUAUAACUGGAUGUUUCUGACUGACUGGCUUGCUUUGGGUCUGAGGGUGCCGCUUGAACAGAGCCCGUUAUUCCUGCUUCAUUGACCAGGAGGUGUGUGUGUGUGUGUGUGUGUGUGUGUGUGUGUGUGUGUGUGUGUGU